AUGGCGGCCACCAGUGGUCGUUUUGUAUUGGAGAGUGUUGUAGUAUUUGUGACCAUCUGUCAUUUAAUGUAUUGCCCCUAUACUAAAGUAGAGGAAAGUUUCAACCUUCAAGCAAGUCAUGACAUAUUAUAUCAUAGACUUGAUCUUKAUAAGUACGAUCACUUAGAAUUCCCUGGAGUUGUCCCRAGGUCUUUUAUCGGGCCCCUCUUCAUAUCUGUCAUCUCUAGUCCAUUUGUGGCAAUAUUGACAUCGCUUUCAGCUCCAAAGAUAUACUCUCARUAUGUAGUUCGACUUGUUCUUGGUCUUUCUACCGUCUUUUCAUUCCUUGCCUUCAAGAGAGCAGUGUCCAAAAAGUUUGGUUCCAAUGUUGGGAAUUUUCUCAUCGUGUUGACUGUCAGCCAAUUUCACUUUCUCUUCUAUGCAUCUCGACCUCUACCGAAUACAUUUGCCUUGUGUCUGGUUUUACUUGCUUCAAGUUACUGGCUUCAGAAAAAACAUGCAUUGUUCAUUUGGACAUCUGCCUUUGCUAUUAUCAUAUUUAGAGCUGAGCUUAGCAUUCCUCUUGGGUUGAUGUUGCUUAUUGAGCUCUGCACUGGAAGACUUACAGUAACCAAGACAUUUAUACAUUCARUCCUUGCUGGAACAAUAGGACUUGGUUCAACCGUGUUUGUGGAUUCUAUAUUUUGGAAGAGGUUGCUUUGGCCUGAAGGGGAAGUGUUCUACUUUAAUGCUAUCCUCAAUAAAAGUUCUCAUUGGGGUACGUCGCCAUUUUUAUGGUACUUCUACUCCGUUCUUCCAAGAGCACUUCUCUUUGGUCUGCUAUUAAUACCAAUUGGUUUAUGGAAAGAGAGGAGAAUAUGGAGCUUAGUCUUUCCUUCGUUUGCGUUUGUUUGYUUGUUUUCAUUUCUUCCACACAAGGAGCUCAGGUUCAUCGUUUAUGUCUUUCCUGUCUUGAAUACAGCAGCCGCCUGUGGUAUAAAUCAUAUAUACAAUUUCYAUAACAAAUACAAGUCAUGGCUUUCAUGUGCGGUAAUGGUGUCCACGCUGGCAGGYAUUGCGUUCAAUUUUAUGGCAAAUCUGAUCUUCUUACACGUGUCACACCACAACUACCCUGGUGGRCUGGCGUUUCACCAUUUACAUMGACUAAUAAACCAAUCAGAGCCUGUGUAUGUCCACAUUGACGUCGCCGCAGCUGAAACUGGGAUUUCAAGGUUUGGUGAACUGAAUCCCAACUGGAGAUAUUCAAAGAAAGAAGGCCUUCAAAGGGACAAUUCAGAAAUGCUACAAUAUACUCAUUUAAUAACAGAACAACCAUGUGAAAUUUACAAGAAUACUCAUAAUUUAGUAGCAAAAGUACAGGGUUUCACAAGAAUAGAACUGGAUCUUCGCAAUCUUCCGUAUAUUGUAAGAAUUCAUACAAGGACAAUGCUUUGCAUUUUACAAAAAAAAAACUUAAUGAAAUCCACCUCGAAUGACACGUGAAAAAUAUCAUGACUUUUAAAAUAACACUAAACAAUAAACRUUUCCUUAUAGUACAAUCGUUUUAGYUGUUGAAAGUCUUGCUUUUUGAUCAAAAAUCGGUCAUUCUGGGCCUAUUCUUCGUUUUCACUAUA